AUCUUUUCCUCCCUUCCUCCUGUGUCUUUUUUUGAUGUUGGACUUUCAAUUUUUCUGUCUGUAUUGGCCAUAUAUGACCCCUUACCAUUUCAGUUGGAAUUUAUUAUUAUUGGCUGGUUUUUAUUGAAUUUCAUACAUUUUGGUAAUCUGGGUGACGGUUUCUUGAAUUGGGUUUUUGUCUUGUCCUCUAGAGAGAGAGUGCUUUUAUAUUCAUUCACCUCACCUGUGAAAUUGCCUUUUAGGUUAUAUGUGGUCAGAAAUUUUAGCGGUAUAAACAGAUUUGAGGUAGGUUUAGUUUUGUUGUUGACAGUUUGUUCAGUAUCACGAGAUACCAGAUUUUUCACAAGAAAGAAAGUUUACAUACCCUUUAUAUUGAUUUGGGGUUUUUUGAUUUCUGGGUCUGGGAGGUCUGUUUGAGGCAUUCUUUGUUUGUGUAGAGAGGAAAAACGAGAGGUUGAGAGAGUUUUAUUGUUUCUUGUCAUUCAUGUCCUUACCACUUCUUUGCCAUGGAUCAUUCUGGGACAGAGAGAGCAGCACUAGUUGAAGUUACAAAGGAUAAAUUUGGAAUUGAUCAGGUUUUGCUUCGAAAUACUCGAGGGGCUUCAGUGAGGGUUAGCUUGCAUGGAGGACAGGUUCGUUCAUGGAGAAAUGAAAGGGGAGAAGAAUUGUUAUUUACUAGUAGUAAGGCAAAUUUGAAGCCACCAAAUCCAGUGCGAGGAGGAAUCCCUAUUUGCUUUCCACAGUUUGGAAACCGAGGAACACUAGAGCAACAUGGAUUUGCAAGGAACAGGAUUUGGGUCAUUGAUGAUAAUCCACCACCACUGCAUCCAAAUGAAAGCAAUAGCAAAACCUUCAUAGACUUGCUACUCAAACCAUAUGAGGAUGACCUUAAGAUUUGGCCUCAUAGUUUUGAGUUCCGUCUUAGGGUGGCUCUUACAGCAGAGGGGAAUCUAACGAUGAUUUCACGCGUCAGAAAUAUCAAUUGCAAACCAUUUAGUUUUUCAAUUGCAUAUCAUACUUAUUUCUCCAUCUCUGAUAUCAGUGAAGUGAGGAUAGAGGGAUUGGAGACGCUUGACUAUCUUGACAACUUAUGUAAGAGAGAGCGCUUCACGGAACAAGGGGAUGCGUUGACUUUCGAAUUUGAGGUAGAUCGGGUGUAUCUUAGUUCUUCUGAUGUGGUUGCAGUAUUUGACCAUGAAAAGAAGAGAACAUUUAUCAUAAAAAAGGAAGGACUCCCAGAUGUUGUGGUCUGGAAUCCAUGGGAGAAGAAGGCAAAAGCUUUGGCAGAUUUUGGGGAUGAAGAGUACAAGCAGAUGCUGUGUGUUGAUGGGGCUGCGAUUGAGAAACCAAUCACGUUGAAGCCUGGUGAAGAAUGGAAAGGCCGAUUAGAACUCGCUGUUGUGCCUUCAAGUUGAAUUAAGCAGCAGAACCUUAUCUGAUUCUACACGAAUUCUGUGAUGAUCGAACACAGACAGUGCUAACUACCCAAGUUUCUCCUGUGAAGUUGAUUAACUAUUUGCAAAAGAUAAUGUGAAUAAAAGCAGUCCCCUUAUAUCUGAGUGACUGCAAUAGUAAUUUCCUUUUGGUGGAGAUGCUUGUUUUAAGUUUUCUCCAUACUAGGAAUGAGAAACAGUGUAAGUGAUAGCUUCUUUCCCUGCAAAAAUUGUAUAUGGAUUGUAGAGUUCCUGUUGAGACACCAGUUUGGAUUGUCGUGUGUGUACUUCCUUACCUGUUGUGGUAAACUUUAGCAGACAAAACACAAGCAGAAAAUUCGACUGA